UACGGAACGACCGAGGGCGCCCGCAUCGGUCGAUCACCAAUAAAAAGCAAAAAUAUUUUUGUUCGUGGCAUAUUUUAAAAAUUCUUAAAGAUGGUGAUCGGAAUUAAGGUUAAAUCUCUUUGUGUUGUGUACUGUGUAUGUGUAUAAGGCAAAAUUAGAUGGAAACGAUUGCAGUUCUUAUCUUUCUGGUAGUCAUAUCAGUUACAUAUGAACAGGAUACCCCGGUGUAUCCAUCACCAUGUCCACGUAUCUAUGAGUAUGAACCACCAGAAACUGAGCCGGACCUCUGGUCAGCAGUCGUGUUGAUAUCGACAGACAGCCUCUUAUACUAUUUGUGGCUAAAUAUUGUCUUGGAUCGACCGGCCUUACAUUUGAGGAAUCCAGUAGGAAAAGUGGUCACAAAAAACAACAUUGAUUUCAGAAUUGAGAGUGACAUACGCAUAUUUCCUGGCCGGCCGAUUCCACUGCGCUUCUCCGUCAAAUAUGAUCCCGUGAAUGGUGUCCCAAAACUCAAGGCCAUAAGACUUAAUGGGAAGGUGAUUUGCAAAGAUGACACAUUGGAAAUGUCCACAAUCAAACCUGCUAGGAUAACAGAACAGACCACUGCUUCAACCACCACCUCUACUAUUGACUGGAAUACAAAUAUUGGUUCUGUAUCAAGUAAAUUUACUAAUUUCGAAGAAACUCCUUUUGAAACUUUCAUGUUCAAUAAAACUUUCCUACAAAUGACGGGAAAUCUGAACCUACCCUGGGUUCAGUCAUUUGGAAAUGAUCAAGUUGGUGGAGUCCUUACAACAACUCAACGAAAUCCUUGGACAACAAUGAGACCUGAUCCAGAUGAUAUAGAAGACUAUCGAGGUUAUCGUGUGGAUGAGUUACAUAGUACAGAUACUCAUUCAUAUGGCGGAGACAUUUCCAUUAGCUACAACCCUCAAGGCAGCUAUACACAGGCGCCGCAACCAGGAGUCAUAGAACCGCCGUGUGGUACUCCGACGGCACAGAGUCAAUGGCCAUGGAAUGCAGCAAUUUAUAAACUUGAGGGAGUGAACUACUUAUACAGGUGUGGAGGUACCCUAAUUUCCCAUAGACAUGUCAUCACUGGAGCACAAUGCGUUCAUAAGUACCAAGAAAACAAUAUACGUACUCUCUUUAUGGUCCAUCUUGGAAAACAGAAUCUGCUAACUUCAAAUGAGGGAGGACAGAGUGGGCUAGUGCAACGUGUUUUAUUGCAUCCGGAUUUUUUAUAUACCGACACAGUUCAGAAGGAUAAUCUGGCAAUUAUGGAACUUUAUGAACCAGUGAAGUAUACUGAGUGGGUCAGACGCAUUUGCCUCUGGCCUAGGCAAUCCACAGAGCUAGAAAGCGUUAUCGGAAAGCCGGGAUGGUUGUCUGGCUGGGGUUUCACGCAGAAGCAUGAAGUGACAGAAACUCCACACGCAGUCGAGAUGACAGUACUGAGUGAUGAGACCUGCGCCUUGUCGAAUCCUACUAUACGACAAUUAAUUCCAAAUAAAACGAGCAAAAGAUUCUGCGCUAUGAAUAAUGAAACAGAUUCGGUAUGUUUGGCGGCGAGUUCUGGCAACGGUCUGUACUACAAGCUGGGUCAGAGAUGGCAUCUGCGAGGUUCCGUGAGCAUUGUACUCAAAUCCAAAGACCCUGCCAAGAAAAUGUUAAUAUGUGAUCCCUCACAAAUAUUCAUAUUUACUGACUACGCUAAAUAUUUACCGUGGAUUCGUCUGUUUAUAUACGAUUUGUAAUUUUAAUUCGUUAAACAAUAUAUAGUUUAAGGA